GCUUGUUGAGCAAAAAUGUCGAAGCGAGGACGUGGUGGGUCCUCCGGUGCGAAGUUCUGGAUUUCCCUGGGUCUUCCAGUCGGAGCCGUGAUCAACUGUGCCGACAACAUGGGAGCCAAAAAUCUGUACAUCAUCUCUGUGAAGGGAAUCAAGGGAAGACUGAACAGACUCCCUGCUGCUGGCGUGGGUGACAUGGUGAUGGCCACAAUGAAGAAAGGCAAACCAGAGCUCAGAAAGAAGGUACAUCCAGCUGUGGUCAUUCAACAACGAAAGUCAUACCGGAGAAAAGAUGGCGUGUUUCUCUACUCCGAAGAUAACGCAGGGGUCAUAGUAAACAAUAAAGGUGAAAUGAAGGGUUCUGCUAUCACGGGACCAGUUGCAAAGGAGUGUGCAGAUUUGUGGCCCAGGAUUGCGUCCAAUGCCGGCAGCAUUGCAUGAUUCUUUGGUU